ACCACGACCAGAUACCCAUCGACCCCGCCCUCUCCAUGUAUCCCAAUUCCUACUAUUCAUACCAGCAGCCUCCGCCACCCAUGGUCCCCCAGCAUCUCAUGACCGCGAGCCUUUCUUCACCGUCGUCACAAGGGUCCGAGGCCAUGGGCACGCCUCCGAUGGAGCAGUAUCAGCUCCACAGCAUGAACGGAAAUGGCAAGCGACCCUCCUCUUCCAUGACGGAUGACAGUCGGAAAAGGUCCCGCAGGGACGACGACGCCGAGGGACAGGGCGCGUCUAACGAAAAGGAGGAGGUCAAGACAAAGCCCACGCGCGGUUCACGGGCAUGCACCGUCUGCAGACGGCUGAAGAUGAAGUGCGUCGGCGCCGAGCACGGACCGCCAUGCAAGCGCUGCCAGACCGGCAACCACGAGUGCAUAUUCGAGGAAUCUAACCGUGGCAAGCGGUCGACGAAGAAACACGAGAUUCUGACCCGUUCCCUCCGGAAGAUGGAACGUACGUUGGAUACCGUGCUCCGCUCGUUAGGCAACCCCAGCAUUGCCUCUGGCAUGAUCUCACGUUCGCCUUCGCCAUCGGCGCAGCCGCAGGGGUCACAUCCCCUCCUGGCAACCCCGUCACCACCGGAGUCCCCUGUCCUAUCCAACGCCAUGCAUCAUAUGCAGGCUCCAGGGUCGCCUAAGUUGCAUAGCCUGCCCGACAAUACGCUUAAUCCACUCGGCCUUCUAGCGGAAGCAAGCCUUGCAAAUCGCCGUGCGCAGGCUGCGUCACGAGCGGAGUCGCAUACUACCGCCAACACCGACGACCAGCCGAAGCUGGGGGUCGCCAGCGACGUAUACUUCAAGCCAGGGCCUAUGACGAUCUUGCCGCUUCGGAGAUUGUUCAUCGAGAGACAAAUACAGCCCGAGAUGCUCAGCUUCGUCAAUACCGAGGAGGUUGUUGAACUGUUCAAGAUAUAUUUCGACAACAUGAACUUUCAGUGCAAUGUAUUGGACCCUGCCUUUCACACGCCGUCAUUGGUCUGUUCGAGGUCUCCCUUCCUGUUGACAACCAUCUGCUCAAUUGCGUCACGCUUUUACACCAAACGUCCCGAGCUCCACACCAAGCUGUCAGACCUGGUGCGCAAGCUUGCGUUUAGCGUUCCGGCCCAAGGGUACAAGUCUGUCGAGAUCGUCCAAGCCUAUUUGCUCAACACGAUGUGGGGGUGUGGGCCGGUCGAGCGUUUCGAGCAGGACCGUACCUGGAUGCUCCUUGGCAUGGCAAUCAGGAUGGCGACAGACUUGAAUCUCCACCGGCGGACCGCCGUCACGAGCCCAGAUACUGCGGAGGGGCGCGCGCGUGACAAGGAAGUGCGCAACCGCGAGCGGACGUGGAUUUUCUGCUUCUGCCUGGACCGCAGCUUCAGCGCGCAAAUGGGGAAGCCGUAUACGAUCAAGGAAGACUUCAUCAUCCGCAACGCUUCGCAAUGGUGUCGAGCACCAAACGCUAUUGCUUCGGACGUGUCCCUCGCUGCCUAUGCGGACCUGCAACGCAUUCUCACGCGUAGCCUGGAUUUGUUGUAUUCCGGAACGUCUUCCCCCUCUGGGCUGCAGAUGGACUCGGACUAUCUACUUGUCAUCACCACCAUGGAAACACAAAUCCUCGCAUGGCAGCAUGAAUGGGCGAAUCGUGUGCUCACCGAAGGCGAACAUGUGAACCAGUACCGGCGGCUCGCUUCGAAGUUCUUCUUCAACUAUGCCAUGCUCAUUGUUAACUCCUUUGGGCUUCAGAAUGCGCUCGAGCGUUCUGCUGUCGACAUUGGCCACUUUUUCGCUCGGUGUUAUUCGUCGGCGGUCGCGUGCGCCACUGUUCUGCGGGACGAGUUUGGCCCGCAGGGGUAUCUGCGGCAUUCAUCGGAUUCAACAUACGUGAUGGCAUCGUACGCUGUUUUGAGCUUGCUCAAGCUGCUCCGACCCGAGUUCAAAAUCUUUUUGGAUCACGAGACAAAGAUUAUAAGCCUCGUCAAUGACGUAGCGGACGUCCUCGAAAAGUCGGCUGCAGGACCGCUGCAUACGCCUACGCUGUACAGCGGCUUCCUGCGAGCUCUACUCUCGGCCAAGACCGAGCCGCCCUCGGGGGAUAGCGAGGGGCAGCCCACACAUACACCGAACGGGCAGGCGAGUCCCUCCCAGGAUCAACAUGCUUCAAAUGCUUCCGCGGGCGUCAACAGUACGCAAGCGCCGUUAGGGAUGAGCCCACUCCUGGACUUCAACUUUGAUAGCGAGAUGGGCCCUGUAGCGGACAUGUCAACGUUCCCGCCGACGAUGGCGCCGAACCCCGCAGGAGAGUUGGGAAUGCUUACCAUGGACAGCAUCCUGAGUUCGAGCUUCUGGGACAGCGUCCUCGUGCCCGGGUACUCGAACGCGAUGGAGGGCCUCAGCGGCGGCUUCGUCUACGGCGCGGGCGGGAGCGGGCUCAUCACGCCCCGGAUGGGCAUGUCGCCCCUCCCGUCGGGGUUCAGCACGCCGUCGAGCUCCAAGAUGUCCAUGGAGCUGUCGCAGCACAAGCUCGACGUCGCGUUUGAUGCUGCGCGCGCGGUCGCGUCACACUCGUCGUCAUGACCCCCACGCCGUCGGACAUGCGUGUCCCGCUCAGUAAUUGGGCAUCGUCGUGGCUCCCUGCCUCUGGGUCUACUCUCACAGGUUCUCACGCAUAUUACCUCCCCCGCAUCUCCGCGUGACCUCCACGUUUGUUGCAUUUCACCCCUGGUUUUCCCUGGAUAUCAUAUAAACACGGCCUGGUUACCCUAGCUGUAUUAUUAUCGAUCUCUGUUCCCACUAUUUCGUAUGUAUUUGGCCGAACUAUAGUGUACCUUAUGCCAAUAUGCAAUGUAGAGCACGUUGUAAUAUU